AUGACGUGUCUGAAGCCAGGCCAGAGGAAAGUGCUGUUCACCUGUAUGAAGAGGAAUGAUAAGAGGGAGGUGAAGGUGGCUCAGCUGGCUGGUUCAGUAGCAGAGAUGUCUGCCUACCAUCACGGAGAGCAAUCCCUGUUGAUGACGAUUGUGAACUUGGCCCAGAACUUUGUGGGCAGCAACAACGUCAACAUCCUGCAGCCGCUGGGUCAGUUUGGUACCCGCAUAAACGGGGGCAAGGAUGCUGCCAGCCCCCGUUACAUCUUCACCAUGCUCAGUCCCCUGGCCAAGAUGUUGUUCCCAGCGAUGGACUCCAGCCUGCUGAAGUUCCUGUUCGAUGACAACCAGAAGGUGGAGCCAGAGUGGUACAUCCCCAUCCUCCCUCUGGUGCUGGUGAACGGGGCCGAGGGCAUCGGGACGGGCUGGGCCUGCAAGAUCCCCAACUACGACCACAGAGAGAUAGUCAACAACCUGUACCGCAUGCUCAACAUGCAGGACCCUCUGCCCAUGCUGCCCAGCUAUAAGAACUUUAAAGGCGUGAUCCAUGAGUUGGGUCAGAACCAGUACAUGGUCAGUGGAGAGAUCUCUGUCCUGGACAAGAACACCAUUGAGAUCACUGAGCUGCCCGUUCGCACCUGGACACAGGCCUACAAAGAGUCGGUACUAGAGCCCAUGCUCCAGGGGACAGAGAAGACUCCAGCUCUGAUUAAUGACUAUAAGGAGUACCACACGGACCAAACCGUCAAGUUUGUGGUCCGCAUGUCAGAGGAGAAGCUGGCCCAGGCCGAGGCUGCUGGACUACACAAAGUCUUCAAGCUACAGUCCAGCCUCACCUGCAACUCCAUGGUGUUGUUUGACCACAUGGGCUGUCUGAAGAGGUAUGACUCGGUCCAGGACAUUCUCAAGGAGUUCUUUGAGCUGCGGUUGCACUACUACAAGCUGAGGAAGGAUUGGCUAGUGGGGAGCCUGGGGGCGGAGGCUUCCAAACUGUCCAAUCAGGCACGAUUUGUACUGGAGAAGAUCGAAGGAAAGAUCACAAUCGAGAACAAGUCUAAGAGGGAUCUGAUCAGGAUGAUGGUGCAGAACGGCUUUGAGUCGGACCCCGUGGCAGCAUGGACCAAAGCACAGGAAAAGGCUCUGGAGGAGGACGAUCGUGACGGUAAUGACAGUGACGGCUCUGUGGACUCUGUGUCGUUGUCGGGACCAAACUUCAACUACAUCCUCAACAUGCCUCUGUGGUGCCUGUCCAAGGAGAAGGUGGACGAGCUGCUCCGACAGAGAGACAGCAAGAGGGAAAUGAACCCACACGCUCUGUGUUACUAGCACCAUGUCUUUCAUCAACUGAGUUGUUCAACAGAACGGACAGUUGAAUGAGCUGCAGAGGAAGUCUCCUGAGGAUCUGUGGAAGGAAGACCUGGCUGUCUUCAUUGAAGAA